ACAAGUGUAUAUAUAAAUUGAAACGUGUGUAUUUUAUAAUUAUGCAUCCCAACUUUAGUACUAAUACAAAUUUGACAUUUCAAAGUAGUAAAGGUGAGACUAUUUCUGCAAACACGGAACUUCGUCAUUUGCCCUAUUGGGCUCAUAAUAGACUUGUUGGUUUAUUAAGUUCAAACAAUGAUGUCUGGAAAGAAUUUGCAAGUAUGUUGCCAAAUUUAGAUAAGGAAGGAGAACCUCUUUUAUCUUAUGAUAAUAUCAGAAACUUAGAACUGCAAUGGAAUCGCCCAGGUAAUAGUCCAGGAAAUGCUUUGUUAAAACACUGGUAUCAUUCUGGCAGAAAAAGACCUACUGUUGCUCAUUUACUAGAUGUGUUUAUUAAAAUGCAAUUUUACCGGGCAGCAGAUUUUGUAUCUCAGGAAUUAUUGAGAGGAGAACCUGCUUCAUCUAGUCAGCCAAUCCUGACUCAAACAGUCUCAAAUGAAAAUGAUUCAGAAACAAAUUCACUUUGUAAUAUUUUGAAAAAUCAACAGAUUUCUGAAACCCAAACUGAAUUAAACAAUAUCGCACAAGAUAAAAAUAAAAUUCAGAAUUUACCUUCUGUUCAUUCUGUGGAGAAUUCAACAGAUAAAGAAAUUCCUUCAAAAAAUACUGUUGUUCAGUCUCCACAAACAUCAAAACAAAAAAAUGAUUCAGAAGAUCUAUCUUUACACACUAUACCUCAUUUUAGAUAUCGUGACUUAUAUCAAAUAAGCAAACAGUUUACUUCAGUUCCAGUUAGCUGUGGUGGCUCUAAAUUAGGAGAAGGUGCUUUUGGAGAAGUUUAUUUAGGUAAAUUUGGAAAUGGUCUUGCAGCCAUAAAACGUAUAAAAACGAGUACAAAGCAGUUUACUAUUGAAUUGCAAGUAUUAAUAAAAUACAAACACAAGAAUCUUUUACAAUUACUAGGAUAUUCCAGUGAUGGACCAGCACCUUGUUUAGUAUAUGAAUACAUGGAAAAUGGAUCACUACAGAACCAUUUGGAUUGGAAGGUCUUUUAACUUUUCAAAUUGUUUUCCACUAAAAUUUUAACCAUAUAAAAAUAAACAAUAUACAGACAUCUGUUUUAUUGAAUUUUGAGCA